AAUUGAAGGGCCGCUCAAUCGCAACCUUUGCGAUAUACAUAACAACAUCUCUAGGGUUUACACAGCAAAGAACCAGAGCAACAGCAGCGCGCAGCAGCCAUGGUUCUCAAGACGGAGCUCUGCCGGUUUAGUGGUGCCAAGAUAUACCCAGGGAAAGGCAUCAGAUUUGUUCGCUCUGAUUCUCAGGUUUUCCUCUUUUCCAAUUCAAAAUGCAAGAGGUACUUCCACAACCGUUUGAAGCCAUCGAAACUUACAUGGACAGCCAUGUAUAGGAAGCAACAUAAAAAGGACAUUGCCCAAGAGGCUGUGAAGAAAAGGAGACGUGCCACCAAGAAGCCUUACUCCAGAUCCAUUGUUGGUGCUACCUUAGAGGUUAUCCAGAAGAAGAGGAGUGAGAAACCAGAAGUUCGUGAUGCCGCCAGGGAAGCUGCUCUCCGGAAUAUUUUGUUCAUCUAUUGUGCAGAGAAAUCAAGGAAAGGAUCAAGAAAACUAAGGAUGAAAAGAAGGCAAAGAAAGCAGAAGUAACGGCAAAGCAGCAGAAGACACAGGGCAAGGGUAACAUUCCAAAGGGUUCUGCACCAAAAGGUCCCAAGCUUGGUGGUGGUGGUGGAAAGCGCUAAGUUGCUAGGUUAUUAUCUGCUUGUCCCUAACAAGAGAAAUAGGUAGUAUAUUCAUUUUGAAAGCAUUGUAUGGACUGAAUGGCCCUGUUGGUCAUGUUGUUUUUGCUUUUAUGCUUAUGCUAUACCAUGAGCACAAUGUUGAAGUUGAGUGAUCAAGUAAUUUUAUGUAUUUUGACAUUUGUUUUUCAACCUCAUACUAUGAAAUAGACCGAGUGAAGAAUGUCAUUUGUUUUUCAAUUUUGAAGUUGAGUGAUCAACUAAUUUUAUGGAUUUUGA